UUCAGGGACAGAGCUCUCAAAGACCACAUGUGUCGCAUCAGUCAAUGCCAAUGUUUUUUUUUGGGGGGGGGGAGUGCUGAAUUAGCUGAUUCUUUUGGCUCAAGUGAUGGAUGUUUUUUUGGGGCUGCUUCUGCUGUCCAUGCUUGCUGCUGGAGGACACAGAGUAAAUGGUGAUUAUAGCUUUGUCAAUAAAUAUGGAGAAACACUCCCUGUUUAUCGGCCAGUUUUAGAGGAGCCUUGGUUUCCAGUUGAGCCUGACUUCCCAAAUGGGGGUCCAGUGGACUCUGGAUAUCUGCCCUACAGGCCCAAAGUAUCUUACCAGCAUCAUGGCUACCCACCCCAGAGUCCUGAACUGAUGCAACAUAAACUACAGUAUCAAGGUAACUUGGGCCCAUUUGUUCCCCAGUGUAUCCAUCAGCACAGUGACUUCCUACCCAAGGACCCCAUGGUUCCCCAGCAUCCUCCUCAGCAGCUCGGUGGCUUCCCGCCCCAGGGUCUCUCUGUGCCCCAGGACCCCAAAGGGUAUUGGGAGCAUCAUCAUGGCUACCUGCAGCAGGUGCCAACUGUAUUCCAAUAUCGUAGCUACACAACCGAGGCGUCACAACAUUAUGGUCCAGCCAAAGAACCCAAGGUGGUCAGACCGGGUAAACAUUACCCAGCCUACGCCCCCCGGGGGCCCAGCGUGCCGAAGCAGCACCCUGGCUACGCCCCCCGGGGGCCCAGUGUGCCGAAGCAGCACCCUGGCUACGCCCCCCGGGGGCCCAGUGUGCCGAAGCAGCACCCUGGCUACGCCCCCCGGGGGCCCAGCGUGCCAAAGCAGCACCCCGGCUACGCUCCCCAGGGCCCCUGGUAUCCCCAACAGAACACCUAUUCAACUAAAAGUCCCCAACGUAAACGCUACUUUGGGAAGCGCAAAGGGAAGAUGAACCUGCCACAGAAACCUUAUAUUGCCAUCAACCGACCCCGUCUGUUCCAGAGGCGCCACUACUAAACAGAAUGGUAUGAGUGGAGCAAAUGUGAACAUUUUGCCGUGUGCUUUAUUAGGUUGUCAAUUAAAACCUGCUGUGAGCUGAAUUGU